CUGACAAUUCUCAAAUAAUACUUUCGAAGUUCGUGUGUGAAAUUUUGUUUAACAACUCAAAAAAUAUAAAGGAUUUAAAAGUUGUUUCGGUAUACCAAAGAAUUUUAGAUACAAUGAAAGUUUUCUGUUAAAGCUCUUUAAUUAAAUAUUUUUAAAAUUUGUUAUAUAAAAAUAUUUAAUUUGUAUACACGCUCGUACAUGUAUAUUGUAAUUUUGAUAAAAUGAAUGUUUUUAGCGAUAUUAAAAUGGAGUCACCAAUGAAAUCUGAGGGGAAAAAAAUGAAAUGGUCUGAAGAAGUUGAGUUUGAGGCUAAAAAAUCAAUUUUUAUUAAAGAAGAAAACUCUUCGGAAUCUUUGAAAUAUGAAGAUGUUGUAAAUAUUUCCUAUGACGCUGCUAAUAUUCAAAAAACAUUUAAAUUAGAGGAUAUAAAAAAAGGAAAAAGGGAGGAAUCAUCAGAACGUGAAAUAUCUUUAGAUUUCAUAGAUAGUGCUAACGAACAAAAAUUUGAAAGACUUGUGAAAGAAGAGAAAUUAAAAACUCCAUUUAAAAGAAGAAAUUCUGGGUCUCCAAUGGAAGAAAGCAAUUCAAACAGUCCUGAAGAAAAUGGAUUAAAGGAUAAUAAUAAACCCCAUUAUGAUUGUAAUAAAAGGCAAAGAUAUAAUAGCUGUAGCAGUUCAACCACAAAUUCUUCUAAUAGCUCUAAAUAUGAAACGGAUCCAGUCGUUUUAGCCAGACGUCAAAAACAAGUUGAUUAUGGCAAAAAUACGAUAGCUUAUGAUCGUUAUAUAUCAGAAAUUCCAAAAUCUAAAAGAACGAAGGAUCAUCCGCGUACUCCCAAUAUACAUGCUAAAUAUAGCAGGCGAGCUUUUGAUGGACUAAUAAAAAUUUGGAGAAAACAAUUACAUUAUUGGGAUCCACCACUUGAUGAUAGCAAUGAGGAAGAUGACCAUGAUUUUGAAAGUGAUGAUAGUGAUGACUGAAGGUAUUAUUCGUUUUCACUUAAAAGCUUUAUCAGUUCUUUUUUCUUUUAUAGUUUUCUUAGAUAAAUAUGAAUUAUAUUAAUUUUUUGUUUUAUAUAAAGAAAUACAUAUUGUUUUGAAAACUA